GCCACUGGAUAUUGCCAUUGUGUUUGAGUGUGUACCGUGCACGUGGAGAUGUACAAGCGUCGAGACUAUGUGGAGCUCUACGAGAAGGAUCAGGCCAAAUGGGCUCUGCUACGCAACGUCAACACUGUGAUGAAACCGAGCACACUGCUGCCGGGAGACUUUGUCUGGCUGGACCCCAUGACGGGCCGGGAGUUUGAGGUGCCGAUCGGUGCUGUGGUCAAACUCUGUGACUCGGGGCAGAUCCAGGUGCUCGAUGAUGAAGGAAACGAACACUGGAUCUCUCCCCAGAAUGCCACCAACAUAAAGCCUAUGCAUCCCACCUCCAUCCAUGGGGUAGAGGAUAUGAUCCGCCUGGGGGAUCUGAACGAAGCCGGCAUCCUCCGCAACCUGCUUAUCAGAUACAGAGAGAAACUCAUAUAUACAAACUGUGGUGGCAGGACUUACACUGGUUCCAUCCUGGUGGCAGUUAAUCCAUACCAACUGCUCCCCAUCUACACAGCUGAUCAGAUCCGUUUGUACACAAACAAGAAGAUCGGAGAGAUGCCACCUCACAUAUUUGCUAUUGCUGACAACUGUUACUUCAAUAUGCAGAGGAAUAACCGUGACCAGUGCUGCAUCAUCAGUGGUGAGUCAGGAGCAGGGAAGACAGAAAGCACCAAGCUGAUCCUGCAGUUCCUGGCAGCCAUCAGUGGUCAGCACUCCUGGAUAGAACAGCAAGUUCUGGAGGCCAACCCCAUACUUGAAGCUUUCGGCAAUGCAAAAACUAUACGCAAUGAUAACUCAUCUCGUUUUGGGAAGUACAUCGACAUCCAUUUUAACAAGAGAGGAGCCAUAGAAGGAGCCAAGAUAGAGCAAUACCUGCUGGAGAAGUCCAGAGUCUGCCGACAGGCUCAUAAUGAAAGGAACUACCACAUCUUCUACUGCAUGCUGAAGGGAAUGACGUUAGAAGAAAAAAAGAAGCUUGGACUGAGCAAAGCCACUGACUAUACCUACCUAACCAUAGGUCGCUGUACAGUUUGUGAUGGCCGUGAUGAUUUGAAAGAGUACUCUAACAUCCGCUCUGCAAUGAAGGUGCUGAUGUUCACAGAUAAAGAAAACUGGGAGAUCUCUAAACUGUUGGCUGCAGUAUUACAUAUGGGCAACCUUAGAUAUGAAGCUCGUACGUAUGACAACCUGGAUGCCUGCGAGGUCGUCCGUAGUAAUCACCUCACCACUGCUGCUUCACUGCUAGAGGUGGACUGUAAGGAUCUAAUGAACUGUCUUACCAGCCGAACUCUGAUCACCAGAGGAGAGACAGUGUCCACCCCACUCAGCAUGGAACAAGCUCUGGAUGUACGGGAUGCUUUUGUUAAGGGUAUUUAUGGGCGUCUCUUUGUGUGGAUCGUUGAGAAGAUCAAUGCAGCCAUCUACAAGCCUCUCUCUGUUCAGUCCAAAGCCGUCAGACGCUCCAUUGGACUGCUGGAUAUCUUCGGCUUUGAGAACUUCACUGUUAACAGCUUCGAGCAGCUCUGCAUAAACUUUGCCAAUGAGAACCUGCAACAGUUCUUUGUCCGUCAUGUCUUCAAGCUGGAGCAGGAGGAGUACAACCUGGAGCACAUCAACUGGCAGCACAUCGAGUUCACCGACAACCAGGAUGCUUUGGACAUGAUCGCCAUCAAACCCAUGAACAUCAUCUCCCUCAUUGACGAGGAGAGCAAGUUCCCCAAGGGUACAGACACCACUAUGCUGAACAAGCUGAAUUUUCAACACAAGCUCAACACAAACUACAUUCCUCCGAAGAACAAUUACGAAACACAGUUUGGUAUCCAGCACUUUGCCGGAGUGGUUUACUACGAAACAAGAGGUUUUCUGGAGAAAAACAGAGAUACUCUAUAUGGUGACAUCAUCCAGCUGGUUCAUUCAUCCAAGAACAAGUUCAUCAAACAGAUCUUCCAGGCGGAUGUAGCUAUGGGGGCGGAGACCAGGAAGCGCUCUCCCACUCUGAGCAGUCAGUUCAAGCGGUCUUUGGAGCUGCUGAUGAGAACUUUGAGUGUGUGUCAGCCGUUCUUUGUUCGCUGCAUCAAACCCAAUGAAUACAAGAAACCCAUGUUGUUUGACAGGGAGUUGUGUGUUCGCCAGCUGCGGUACUCUGGCAUGAUGGAGACUAUUCGUAUCCGCCGGGCAGGAUAUCCUAUCCGUUAUACCUUUGUGGAGUUUGUUGACCGUUACAGGGUUCUCAUGCCUGGAGUCAAACCAGCCUACAAACAGGAGGACCUAAGGGGAACCUGUCAGAGGAUUGCUGAGGCUGUGCUCGGUAGAGACGAUGACUGGCAAAUGGGAAAGACAAAGAUCUUUCUCAAGGACCACCAUGACAUGUUGCUGGAGAUUGAGAGAGACAAAGCGAUAACUGACAAGGUCAUCCUCAUCCAGAAAGUAGUACGAGGUUUCAAGGACAGAUCCAACUUUCUGAAAAUGAGGAAGUCAGCUGUGUUGAUCCAGAAAGCAUGGAGAGGAUAUCACUGUCGGAAGAACUAUGGAGCUAUGCGAGCAGGUUUCUCUCGCCUGCAGGCUCUGGUUCGUUCCAGGAAAUUGUGUGCAUCGUACCACAUCGCCCGUCAGCGAAUCACACAUUUCCAAGGACGGUGCCGAGGCUACCUGGUGCGUCGGGCAUUCAGACACCGGCUAUGGGCUGUUAUCACCAUUCAGGCGUAUACCAGGGGCAUGAUUGCCCGUCGGCUGUUCAAGAGGCUGAAGGGAGAGUACCGCAGGAGACUGGAAGCAGAGAAAAUGCGUCUCGCUGAAGAGGCCAAACUGAGGAACCAGAUGUCAGCUAAGAGAGCGAAGGCUGAGGCUGAACGCAAACAUCAGGAGCGAUUGGCCCAAUUGGCCAAAGAAGAUGCUGAGCGGGAGCAGAAGGAGAAGGAGGAAGCUCGUAGGAAGAAGGAAAUGGUGGAGCAGAUGGAGAAAGCCCGCAAGGAGCCAGUUAAUGAUUCCGACAUGGUGGACAAAAUGUUUGGCUUUCUGGGGACAACCAGCUCCUUUCCAGGCCAAGAGGGACAAGCUCCUGCUGGUUUUGAGGACCUGGAGCAGAGCCACAAGGAGCUGCAGGAGGAGGAUCUGGACGAAGCUCUUCCUCUCCCCGAGGAUGACGAGGAGGAAGAUUUAACUGAGUACACAUUUGCCAAGUUUGCUGCCACAUAUUUCCAGGGCACCACUACACACACGUAUGUCCGACGGCCUCUGAAGCAGCCACUGCUCUUUCAUGAUGAUGAGGGAGAUCAGCUGGCUGCUCUGGCAGUGUGGAUCACUGUGCUGAGGUUCAUGGGAGAUUUGCCGGAGCCCAAGUACCACAUGGCCGUCAGCGACGGCAGUGAGAAGAUCCCCGUUAUGACCAAAAUCUAUGAGACACUGGGCAAGAAGACGUACAAGAGAGAACUGCAGGCACUGCAGGGGGAGGGGGAGACUUCUUCCUCUGAUAGCCAUAAGAAGAACAGUGUCCGCCACAAACUGGUGUCCCUCACCUUGAAGAAGAAAUCCAAGCUUACAGAGGAGGUCACUAAACGCCUUAAUGAUGGUGAAUAUAGUCUCCACGGUAACAGCAUGCUUGAGGACCGGCCAACUUCUAAUUUGGAGAAGCUUCAUUUUAUCAUUGGCAACGGAAUCCUGAGGCCAACACUGAGGGAUGAGAUCUACUGUCAAAUCUGUAAGCAGCUGAGUCAGAACCCAUCCAAAAGUUCCCAUGCUCGUGGAUGGAUCCUCGUCUCUCUGUGCGUCGGCUGCUUUGCUCCCUCAGAGAAGUUUGUCAAGUACCUGAGGAACUUUAUCAGCAGUGGACCACCUGGUUAUGCCCCUUACUGCGAAGAGAGACUGAGACGGACUUUUGUCAAUGGCACCAGAACACAACCUCCAUCGUGGUUGGAGCUUCAGGCCACCAAAUCCAAGAAGCCCAUCAUGCUGCCUGUGACGUUCAUGGACGGUACGACAAAAACGCUGUUGACUGAUUCGGCCACGACAGCCAAGGAGCUGUGCAACGCUUUGUCAGACAAAAUCAAUUUACGAGACCGCUUUGGUUUCUCGCUCUACAUCGCCCUGUUUGACAAGGUCUCCUCUUUAGGCAGCGGGAACGACCAUGUGAUGGACGCCGUAUCACAGUGUGAGCAGUAUGCCAAGGAGCAGGGUGCCCAGGAGAGGAACGCCCCCUGGAGGUUGUUCUUCAGGAAGGAGAUCUUCACGCCCUGGCACUGUCCUGCUGACGACCAGGUCGCCACCAACCUCAUCUACCAGCAGACUGUCAGGGGGGUCAAGUUUGGAGAAUACCGCUGUGACAGGGAUGACUUGGCAGAGCUGGCCUCUCAGCAGUACUAUGUUGACUACGGGUCAGAGAUCCUUCUGGAGCGUCUGCUCAGCCUCAUCCCCUCCUACAUCCCCGACAGAGAGAUCAGCACCUCCAGGACAGUGGAGAAAUGGACCCACUUCAUCAUGGCUGCUCACAAAAAGGGGAUCUACACCCAGAAGAGGUUUGACCCUCAAAAGGUGAAGGAGGAAGUGGUGGAUUUUGCUCGCCAUAAGUGGCCACUGCUGUUCUCACGUUUCUAUGAAGCCUUCAAAUUCUCAGGACCCAGUCUACCUAAGAAUGAGCUGAUCGUGGCUGUGAACUGGACCGGGGUGUACUUUGUAGAUGAGCAGGAGCAGGUCCUGUUGGAGCUCUCCUUCCCAGAAAUCACUGCCGUCUCCAGCAGCAGAGGAGGGAAGCUGCAGGCUCAGAGUUUCACUUUGGCUACCAUCAAAGCAGAUGAGUACACUUUCACAUCCAACAACGCAGAGGACAUACGUGACCUAGUUGUGACCUUCUUGGAAGGCCUGAGGAGGAGGUCAAAGUUUGUGGUUGCGCUGCAGGACAACCCCAACCCCACGGGAGAGGAUUCAACAUUCCUGAGCUUCCUGAAAGGUGACCUGAUCCUGUUGGACCAGGACACUGGCGAGCAGGUCCUCAACUCUGGUUGGGCACAUGGUAUUAAUGAGCGGACCAAUCAAAGAGGCGAUUUCCCUGCAGACUGUGUGUAUGUCUUACCCAGCAUGACCAGACCUCCGCAAGACAUAGUGGCACUGGUAACCAUGACACCGGACCAGCGACAGGAAACAAUUCGUGUGUCUCAGUUUGUCAUGCCUGAAAGCGAAAGCAGAAUGAAGCCAUACACACUGGAGGAGUUCUCCUAUGAUUACUUCAGGCCUCCCCCCAAGCACACCCUGAGCAGGGUGAUGGUCACGAAGAAUCGUGGGAAGGACAAGAUGUGGAGCUGCACCAGAGAGCCACUGAAACAGCCGCUGCUGAAGAAGGUCGUCAGCCAUGAACAGCUGUCACAGGAAGCCUGCAUGGCCUUCAUCGCUAUGAUGAAGUACAUGGGUGACUACCCAUCCAAACGAACUCGUUCAGUCAACGAGCUGACUGAUCAGAUCUUCGAAGGACCUCUGAAAGUUGAACUUCUGAAAGAUGAGAUCUACUGCCAGAUCCUCAAACAGCUCACUGACAACCAUGUCAAGUACAGUGAGGAGAAAGGCUGGGAGCUGCUCUGGUUGUGUACUGGUUUGUUUCCCCCCAGUAAUGUGCUGCUGCCACACGUCCAGCGUUUCCUCCAAUCCAAGAAACACCACCCGUUAUCUGUAGACUGCAUGCAGAGACUGCACAAAGCACUGCGUAAUGGAUCUAGGAAGUAUCCUCCUCACCUGGUGGAAGUGGAAGCCAUCCAACACAAGACAACACAGAUCUUUCACAAAGUCUACUUCCCUGAUGAUACAGACGAGGCAUUUGAGGUGGAGUCGAGCACAAAAGCGAAGGAUUUCUGCCAGAACAUCUCAACCAGGCUGCUACUCAAAACGUCUGAAGGCUUCAGCCUCUUUGUCAAGAUCUCUGACAAGGUGAUCAGUGUGCCAGAGGGAGAUUUCUUCUUCGAUUUUGUAAGACAUUUGACAGAGUGGAUCAAGAAAUCACGGCCUGCUAAAGAUGGAAUUGUCCCCUCUCUGACCUAUCAAGUCUUUUUCAUGAAGAAGUUGUGGACCAACACUACUCCUGGGAAGGAUUCUUUUGCUGACUCUAUCUUUCACUACUACCAGGAGCUACCAAAGUACCUACGGGGCUACCACAAGUGUUCUCGUGAGGAGGUUUUCCAGCUUGCAGCACUCAUCUAUCGUGUCAAGUUUGAGGAUGACAAAUCCCAAUUUCCUGCAAUUCCUAAGAUGCUUCGUGAGCUAGUUCCACAGGAUCUGAUUCGUCAGAUGUCACCGGAUGACUGGAAAAGGUCUGUGGUUGCAUACUUCAACAAACAGGCAGGUAAAUCCAGGGAGGAGGCCAAACUUUUGUUUCUGAAAAUCAUCUAUAAAUGGCCGACUUUUGGCUCCGCCUUCUUUGAGGUCAAGCAAACCACAGAGACAAAUUUCCCAGAGAUCCUGCUGAUCGCCAUUAACAAACAUGGAGUCAGUCUCAUCGACCCAAAGACCAAGGACAUCCUGAUAACCCACCCGUUUACUAAGAUAUCCAACUGGAGCAGUGGGAACACUUACUUCCACAUCACGAUCGGCAACCUGGUCAGAGGAAGCAAGCUGCUGUGUGAAACCUCACUGGGGUACAAGAUGGACGACCUGCUGACCUCUUACAUCAGCCAGAUGUUGACCACCAUGAGCAAACAGCGCGCUGGGCGGGGCCACAGCAAGUGAACUUCUUACUGGCAGGAGGCAGCAGAGCUUAUCCGGCUCUUGCGCCCUAUUGGUCAGCACUGCAGCUGGGGGCUGACUUUUGCCCACCAGCUGUGGAGGAUGAGCCGCAGUCCUUCUGUUAGCUCUGAAGGAUCAAAGCUCACUGGGACAAGUUUGACUGUUAGCAGCGAGGACCCCGGCGAAGGCCCCAGCAACUAUUACAACUACUACAACAAUGAAGAUGAACCCUCCAGUGAGGAUGACUACCUCUAAGAUCCACAUCCAGCAAGACUCUGACUCCGUGGUUUUUGGUUCAGUAUUUGACAGCCAGAUAUGCUUAUCCAGAUAGAACUUCUCAAGUCAACUAUUGUGUUCACCAUGUUCAACGAAAUCAUCUGAGGAUGUUUAGUUUGAGGCAUAAAAACACUGAAAGCUGUGCUGAGCAGCUUUGCACUUUAGGAGAAGCUGAUCACUGGAUUUCUAAAAGACUUAGGAAAUUCAUUGCCCAUUAGGUAAAAUGUAAUUGUAACAUGAGUGGACUGCUCACUUCUGCCCCCAUGACGUGUUUUUACAUGUAUUGUAGAAGGUAGAGAGAACUGAGGAUUUGCUUCACUCUGUAUGUGUGUCUGUGUGCAAUAUCUGGAAAAAGAAUUAGUGGUGCACAACGUCACUUGACAAAUUCAACAGGUGCAUUUUGAUUGUAAUUGGGACCACCAAGCAGCCAGGUCUCUGAACCCUUAUAUAUGCAUUACAUUGAUGAAGAUUAUGUGUAUCAAGAUGAAUGCAAGGCCACCUCGGUAAAACCCUCAGGCAAGAUGAACAUUGAAGGCAUUUGAAUUCUAAUUAUAUCCACUAGAGAUUCAAAAACCUAGUGGAUGUGCUAACACUACAAGGACAUCAUGGAUUGUGAUUAUAUUUGCUACUGUACAUUCUAUCUUGCAAAGAUAGAAUGUACAGUAGGAAACGAAGGUAGGAACGUAAGGAAAUAUUAUAGACCAUAUAUAUAUAUACUGGACAAACCCUCCAUGAUAUCACUCCAAGGUGAUCUGAAGAGCGGCAUUGAAGCUCAGAUAGGGGGCCUCCACAUGUCAUCGUGUUGGCAGUGUCUAACCUGGCCUAUCUUCUGCCCAAGUCAUGAAUGGGUGAUAGAGGGGAAGCAUGUGCAAGACCAUUGUGAGCUGGGCGUGAUGAAUGAAGUCCAAUCACGUCCUCUUAUCCUGCUCCUGGCUGCACUCGGUACACUAAUGGUUGCUCAAAGCAAACGUGUCCCUAUUCAUUUCAUGGCUUAAAAUAGCUUCUUUCUCUUUUUUUUUUUUCUUUUAUUACACCAGGUUGUAAACAUGUUCAUUUCUGCUGUAAAACAACAUUUUAACACUGGAGCCUAUGAGGAGUGACACUCUUUUAAAGCUAGCCUCAGGUGGCCAGUCAAAUGCAGGGUUUUGGCACUUCCACCAGUACAGGUUGCUGCUUAGGAAAUAUUCACCAAAAUAAAAAGGUGGAUAGAAACUGACAUGGCUAAAACUGGUUCAUAAGGACUUAGGUCCCUGUCACACCUUGACGAUUUUGCCAGUGUAUACCUGCAUAUGAAAAAUGCACUAGAUACAUCAAAUAUGUUAAUGCAGCUGUCACACCAUGACGAUUUAGCCAGCGUAUGCUGACAGCCCCGUUUCUACAGAGUGGUCUGUGUCGAUACUGCACGCCAUGAUACGGGUCAGAAGGGUUAAGUCUGGCUUGGUUUGUGUUUCCACUGCCGGCAAAACUUGGCAAGCACGUCAUCGUCAACCUUUUGGUUGACGGGCACAACAUUGAGCACGCAUACGCUGUCCCACAGCCGCUCUUCUACACACGGAGGCCAAACAGAGUAAUUUACAUUUUUUGAAAAUAUUUUAUUUUUUUCUUGGUGGAUCGUGGAUUUACUUUCAUCACGUGCAGAAUGCUGAAGAACUGACUGUCUGUGGGAAACGCUGACAUGAAUGAAUGAACACUGUGGCUCCUUUUACUUUUAAAAUAAAUUAAAUUUCUUUUUGUGACACAACGCGCUGGUGUUAUCUGGUUCAGGCUGAGAAAUGCACCGAGAGCAGACAAACACAGAUGGACUUCUUUUAAAAUGCUAUGUUUCUUCAGCCAUGAACUAAAGUCGUUUUCCA